AUGGAGAAUGAAAGCAAUUCAGGUAAGUACCAUGUAUGCGAAUCUCUGGCGAGGUCAACGUGGACGAGGAAUGAAGACAAACUCUUUGAGACGGCUUUGGUGGAUGUUCCGGAGAAUAUCGAGGGGCGGUGGCAAAAGAUAGCUGAUGCCGUUCCAGGUAAGACUGAAGAAGAGGUGAGGGUUCGCUACGAUGAGUUACUACACGAUUUGCAUGAGAUUGAAUCGGGUCGGGUUGAGUUGCCAAGAUAUGCAGACGAUUAUGAAGUAAUUAAGGAAUCAUUUGUAAGUUCGGAUUCUGAGAACAGAAGCAGAAAAAUUGAUCAGAGGAAGAAAGGGACUUCCUGGACUGAAGAAGAACACAGGAAUUUCCUGAAGGGGUUGACCAGAUACGGAAAAGGUGAUUGGCGAAGCAUAUCAAGGAACUGCGUGGUCACGAGGACGCCAACACAAGUGGCCAGCCAUGCCCAGAAAUAUUUCCUCAGACAGAGUAAUUCGCUGACAAAAGAGAGGAAGAGAGCAAGCAUCCACGACAUAACCACCCCAGAUACCACCACAAUGGUGGUGCAGCCACUGCAGCAGCAGCCCGCAAACAUCUAUAGCGGAGCACCACCCCAAAUGGGCCAUCACAGUGGAUGGAACUCAUCGGUGUUACAUGGGCUAGGUACUCUCUAUACACGAGGCACGAUGGGUAUGAAUGAGCUCGUUAUCUGUCACGUGUCUGACUCCACAACGAAGAAAGAACUAAAAUUGUUCUUACGCAGCUUCCACAGGUCUGGUUUAGCUUCAAAAUCGGACCUUUUGUUUGUCUUCAAUUCCAUUUCAACGAUAGAUUCUUUCAAUGAUUUAAUUCGGGAAAUGGGAGUAAAGUUGUCGACUUCCUGA